AUGCGUGUCUCCGUCGCGCUCGCUCUGCGUCUUCUGGGCCUCGCGGCCAGCGCGUCAGCCAAAUGGAUCGUGCCAGGCGCCCGGUGGCACGACACGGACGGCAACAUUUUCAACGCCCACGCCGGGGGCCUCGCCGUCAAUAAGGAUACCGGCCGCUUCUACUGGUUCGGCGAGUACAAGAUCGAGGGCCAGGUCGAGGGCGGCGGCAUGUCCGUCUACAGUUCUGACGACCUGGCCACAUGGCAGUCCCACGGCCUCGCCCUUGAACCCGUCGAGGGCCACCCGUACGUCUCCUCGCACAACCGCAUCCAGAGACCAAAAGUCCUCUACAGCGAAGAGACCGGCCAGUACCAUAUGUGGUGGCACGUCGACGACUCAAAAUACAGCAUGCUUCUCCAGGGCCUCGCCACCUCGGACCACAUCGCCGGGCCCUACACCUUCCAGGCGGCUAUUGCGCCCCUUGGCAACUGGUCGCAGGACUUUGGCGCUUUCACGGACUACAAGACGGGCAGGUCGUACGCGCUCUACUCGAACGGCGACCGGGUCGAGGGCCGCGACGUGUACGUCAGCGCGUUCAACAGCAACCUCACCGACGUCGAGGAGGUCACGUUCCGCUUUGACAAGUACGACUUUGAGGCGCCGACGAUCAUCCAAACGGAUAAGAGCUACUACGCCAUCAUGAGCCACAAGACGGGUUACCGCCCCAACAAUGUGGUAGCGAUGCGCGCCGACAAGCUCGAGGGCCCCUGGUCGCAGCCAUUCUUCGUGGCUCCGGCCUACACGCGGACAUUCAGCACGCAGUCCGGCUUCUCGUGGCGCAUCAAGGGCACCAAGACGACUACGUACCUGUACAUGGCAGACCAGUGGGACAUGAAGACGCUGUGGGAGAGCCGCAACGUCUGGCUACCCAUGGAGAUUGACGAGAAGGAGGGGAGCCUCAAGGUCAUCUGGCACGACAUCUACGACCUCGACGUGAAAACAGGCGUCUGGAAGCCUGUUCGCGGCAAGACGUAUACCUCAAAGUAUGCCAAGACGUCCGGCGACGCCUUUCUCCAAGAAGCCACGUUCGGCAGCCACAACGUGAUCGCCACCGGCAUUUACGGCAACGACAGCACCAUCACCUUUGAAGUCGACGGCCUAGGACAGGACCAAUGGGUAUCUUUCUACCACCAGAACAUCGACGACAUGGGCUUCGGCGACCAGCCGUACGGCCAGCCGGACCGCAUCAACGGCACGUGGCAGCUCCGCCGCAUCAGCAGCGUCGUCGUCAACGGCGACAACUCGACGGUCCACACGCUCUACCAGAAGGACACGCACAAGGGCAUCAUCCUGUCGACGCCGCUGCUGCUGCCGCUGAAGAAGGGCAAGAACCAGAUCACCGUGGGGGGUCUGUACAACGGGUUCGACUACAAGGGCGCCGACCUCGACCGGCUCGUGGUCUACCCUCCCGAAGGGGCUCGCGAGAAGCGUUCGCUGAUGGAGAGGCUUGGUCUCUGGUGA